AUGAAAACAACAAUGGCGGACGUUUAGCAGACGGAUCAAUGAUGCCUAUAUAUUGAACUAAUAGCAGUUUGACAUUUAAUUAAACUCAUGGAAUUAGCAAAGUCAGUAUUUGGAUCAAGAAAUCCGGACGGUUAUAGCAGCAAAGCUACAACAGUUGAGACAUUGUCUGAGGAUGAAGAUGAUUUGGUGGUCGGUCAUGGAGAGAAUAUUGCUGUGUCCUCCAGUCAGUACAAUACAACAUCAGACUUUGUGCCGACUCCUGGGGGACCAUUUUCAGCACUGACUCCGUCAAUGUGGCCGGAGGAUAUUCUUUCUAAGUUAGGAAAUCCACCGGAAGAUCCAAAUGGCCAGUUAGAUUACAGAUAUGAUGAAUUUGGGUUUAAAGUCGAGGAAGAGGAUGGACCUGAAGAGAAUUCUAGUAAACUUUUAAGCACCCCCUUUGUGGAGGAUCCCCAGCACCGUUUGAAGUGGACAGCUUACCUUGAGUUCACACACAACAAUGAAGUGGGUGAUCUGACCUGGGACAAGGUUGAUCCUAGGCUCCCAAGAUCUGAGAAGUUACGGGGUAUGGUGAAGCAGGGGAUUCCUCAUUCUCUGCGGCCACAUAUCUGGAUGAGACUCUCUGGUGGGAUGGAGAAAAAAAUCAAGUCUGAUCUUACAUACAAAGACAUUGUCAAAGCCAGCUCAAAUGAUUUACUAAUGACAUCAAAACAAAUUGAGAAGGAUCUAUUGAGAACCAUGCCGAGCAAUGCUUGUUUCUGUAAUAUCCACGGGACAGGUGUUCCGAGACUUAGGCGGAUACUACGGGGUCUAGCCUGGCUAUAUCCAGACAUUGGUUAUUGUCAGGGGACAGGAGUAAUAGCUGGAUCUUUGUUACUGUUUAUGGAAGAGGAAGACACCUUCUGGAUGAUGUGUGCUAUCAUUGAGGACCUUCUGCCUGCCUCGUACUACUCUAGUACAUUGAUUGGCAUUCAGGCAGACCAGAGGGUGAUGCGACAUUUACUUAUUAGCUACUUACCUGACAUAGAUCUGGUUCUGAAGGAACAUGAUAUUGAGCUCUCCCUGAUCAGCCUUCACUGGUUUCUCACUCUGUUUGCCAGUGUUGUUCAUAUGAAGGUGCUCCUCAGGAUCUGGGAUCUAUUUUUCUAUGAGGGCUCCACUGUUCUAUUCCAAAUCACAAUGGGCAUGCUCAAAAUGAAGGAGGAUGAGUUGCGUACCCUGGAUAACUCGGCUCAGAUCUUCAACUCUCUGUCUGACGUUCCCGGUGAUGUGCAGGAUGUAGAGGAACUCAUUGAGGUGUCAUACAGAGUGGCUGGUUCACUGACAGACAUGGUGAUAGAAUCUCAGAGAAGGAAACAUUUAGCCUACUUAAUGGCUGAUCAAGGUGCAAUAGUCAAUCCAGAUUCUGCUAAAAAUCUGCCAAAACAACAAUUAAACAAAAGGCAUUUGAAAAGAUCUCGCUCCCUUGUUUCAACAUUACUUUGGGGUGAAACUGAAGAUGAUGAUUUCGGUAAAGCUAAAAAUGUUCGCCAAACGGAGAUUCUUGUAGACUUAAGAGAGGCAAUAUUGAAAAUAGCUCGUCACUUUCAAUCACUGGAUCCAAAGAAUAAUAAAGUGAUACUGACUGCAGAUUAUGCCAUGGAAAGUCAUGCUAAAGAUCUAGAAAACUAUGUCAAUGUAGCAAGAAACAAGAGAAGGAGGGCCAAGGCAUUGCUGGACUUUGAACGUCAUGAUGAUGAUGAACUUGGCUUCAGGAAAAAUGACAUCAUCACAAUAAUAUCUCAGAAGGAUGAGCACUGUUGGGUAGGGGAGCUAAAUGGACUAAGGGGCUGGUUUCCUGCCAAGUUUGUAGAGUUACUGGAUGAGAGAAGUAAACAUUACAGCUCAGCAGGGGAUGACAGUGUAACAGAAACCAUUACAGAUCUAGUCAGGGGAACACUGUGCCCUGCAUUGAAAGCUGUAUUUGAGCAUGGAUUAAAGAGAUCAUCAAUUCUGGGUUCUGUCUGUCAUCCCUGGCUUUUCUUGGAGGAGGCAGCAACAAAAGAAGUAGAGAAGGAUUUCCAGUCAGUGUAUUCCAGAUUGGUGUUGUGCAAAACAUACAGACUUGAUGAAGAUGGCAAGGUACUUACUCCAGAAGAGAUUCUUUACAGGGCGGUCCAUGCAGUGAAUGUGUCACAUGAUGCCUGUCAUGCCCAGAUGGAUGUGAAGUUUAGAUCACUUAUUUGUUGUGGCCUUAAUGAGCAGGUGCUACACCUCUGGCUGGAGACUCUCUGUUCCUGUAUGGAUGCUGUGGAGAAGUGGUAUCAUCCCUGGUCAUUCAUGAGAAGCCCAGGUUGGGUUCAAAUCAAAUGUGAACUAAGGCUUUUGGCACAGUUUGCAUUUAAUCUGUCUAUGGAUUGGGAAUUACCAGUCAGGAAAAAGAAAGCUCCUACAUACUCAAUUACAAAAUCUGUCCAGGAUAUCCUUAUCAAGCACCACUUGUUUAGCUGGGAAAUAUAACUCUAAUUUACUCACUGUAGAAUGUGCAAUAUAGUGACCAUUUCAGGCAUAUAAUUUACAGGAACGUGCUGGGCAUUUAUCACAUCAAACAGAAACAUGUACAUAUCAGUGAAAAAUAAUUGAUAAUCAUGAUGUUACAGAUUUUUAAGCUAAUCUUCUUUACCAAUAUCACUGCAGCAUUUUCUUGACUUCUGAUACAUGUACAGGUAUGAUAUGAUGUAGUCAAAACGACAAGGUAUGGUAAUGUAGUUGAAUUCACUCAAUAUUUUGAAAGAUGUAUUAUUUACACAUUCAAAGUGAUUUUUAUAUAAUAUUCACUCUCAGAGUAUUUCAUCGCAAGAUUUCUCCAUUCAUAUAUGACAAAUGCAGCAAAUCAUUCACCAAGAUAAGAUGUCAAUGCAAUUAAAGUUGAAUGUGAUUCAUUAAAGAAAGAUAGAUAUCUUUGUCUACCAUAUUAGUUUUCUCAAGACUAAUUCUCUAACCCUUAUAUAUGCAUGCAUCUCGGUUUUAUUCAGAGUUCAUUGUAUUUGGUUUCAUUGACCACACAUAAAAGAAUGUCUCCUUCCUUGUCAUUGUGACAAACUUGGACAUAACAAAAAGGAUUUCUGUAUGUCAUUGUGACAAACUUGGACAUAACAAAAAGGAUUUCAGUACAGUAUGCUGCUCCCAUGUUAGGGUAAAAAGUUACCAAAUAUAUUUGAUGUCAUAUUGCACUGGCCAAUGUAAGAAAAGGGAAAUAAACACAAAUGUGACCUCCACCUGGUCUGUGGAUUGAGAUAUAUGUAAGUCAGAUGUUAGGAAAAAGACAAGGUCAAAGGCAGGUUAGGAAAAAGUCAAGGUUAAAGCCAUGCAUGUUAAAAAAAAGUCUAUGUUAAAGCCAGGCAUGUUACAAAAGGUAAAUGUUAAGGUCAGGCAUGUCACGAAAAGUCAAGGUCAAAAAUUGUGUAUGAGAUAUGCUUAUAAAUGCAUCAGCUGUUUAGCUGGGAGAUAAGAGUAAAAUACAUGACAUCUGUAGAUACUGGUUAAGGCAUUUUCUGAUAUAUUAUCAUUAUGUAUGUCACAUAGAUAGAGGGUGUAAAGCGUAGAUAAGGGAAAAAUUCAUGUAAAAAAAAUUCUUUAAGCAGUAGUGUAGACUUUUUCAACAGCAUUUGACCAUCUCACUCUUACAUUUCAAGUACGAUGUAUAGUUAAAACUGGGAAAAUAUGUACAAUAUGUAGCCCUAUGACUGCAACCCAAAACAAAAUUCAUUAUUUGAUGACUUCAGUAAGCCUUUUAAUUUUUUUUUUUGGCUGCAUGUUUCUUUGGGUUAUUCAUGAUGUCAAAAAUAAAUUUAUGUUUCACACUAAUAUGGACAUCUAAUGUCAUAUGAAUUUUUUACAUUAAAUAUUUAAAUUAAGAAAUCCUUUGAGGAAUGUUGAAUAUUGUGAUAUUAUUCUUUUGUUUUUGUAUGAAACUUUUUUUCUUGUUAUUUCUGUUCUGUAAUGAAAUCCUUUCCUGUUGUAAUCAUUUUCUCUAUGUUGUGAAAUCCAGUCCUUAAUAUUUCAAAGAAUUU